AUGACUCGAGAAAGAGGUAUAGGUCGAGAAAGCAUAGGGCGUGCAGGCAAGUCAGUAGCUAGGACUAAUAUGCCUGUUCGUACUGCAAACAUGCCUACUAUUCCUACUUCUACAGUUGCGCCACAAAUAAUUAGUGGCGUAGGUGCUCCAACUUCUAAUCAUGGUAGUACGUCUCCUACUACUCCAAAUCAGACCAACCCAACAACUGUAGGUACGUCUUCACAAACCAACCAAGUAGGUGAGGACAUAUCUCGUAGCAACACAAAUAGAGAAAGUAAUUCCAGUCGGAGCCAUGUGCGAACCCUUGUUACUAUAACUUCUGUAGGAUUGCAACCUUCUAAAGCAUGCUCCAAUAGGAUACACGAGUUAUUCAAAAGUGAACUUGAUCAUAAUGGAGUCAAUUGGAAAGGUGUCUCAUGUGACAUAAAAGAUGGCUAUUUUGGGGAAUUCAAGGCUGCUGAAAUGGAUCGAGAUCCGACACCAAAAUCUGUUAUUGAUCAAAUUGAAGCAUAUUACCAAGCUGCCGGAGGAGAAAAGAAGCGAAGAGUAUUUGAUCUUGGAUCUGAAGCCAAAGGCUACUACGUCCAAACUUUGUGUAUUUCUUGUGGAAACACUUCAUCUUCAGCUUCACAUGAAUCG